GAGGCUUUCGGUGAAGCAGGAAGCGUUUUGCUGCGGGGUCUAGGACCGGGUCGGAUAGCGGGCGGAAUGGAGGCGACUUUGGAACAGCAUUUGGAGGACACAAUGAAGAAUCCAUCCAUUGUUGGAGUCCUGUGCACAGACUCACAAGGACUUAAUCUGGGCUGUCGUGGUACCCUGUCAGAUGAGCAUGCCGGAGUGAUAUCUGUUCUAGCUCAGCAAGCAUCUAAGCUAACCUCUGACCCCACUGAUAUUCCUGUGGUCUGUUUAGAAUCAGAUAAUGGGAACAUUAUGAUCCAGAAGCACGAUGGCAUCACAGUGGCAGUGCACAAAAUGGCCUCGUGACAUCUCGUGUUCUCCAACCACCCAACACGGGUUCAGUCCUAACCGUGUUAACUUGUAAAAACUAGUAAAGUUCCAGAAGU